AUGGAUGAUAGUGGCAACCUCAAACCUCCUGCAUCAAGGGAGAUGGUAUGUUACAACUGCCAGGGUGUGGCAGACCCGGCUGACUGCUACCAAGCCGCUAGGUGUUCCAAAGGGGAGGUGUGCGAAACACACGAGGACAUCACCGACAAUGGGAGCAUGUCCUUUGACAUGGGUUGUCUUUCACGACAGGCGUGUGAAGCGAUUGGUCACCACCUACCAUUCGGCCGCCGCCACGUGGUCAAACGCUACGAGUUGUGCCGGGGAUGUUGUGACAAGAGGGACAACUGCAACAGUGAGUUCUGUUCUAUGAAGAAAGGGAUAACCAACAUGACAGCUAUCGAUCACCUGGUCGUCACACCGUCUCAUCUAACAGCGCUUCUGGGGUCCAGAGUCAAAUACAUCUGCAAGUUCGACCCACAGACCAAUGAAACAAUGUCGAUGACCUGGACCUUCACGGACCUGUUUGGAAAUGUCACACACAUCUACACUCACGAUGUCCAACCUCCUGCACUCAAGUUCUAUGUGAAGUCUGUAGAAACCUCGGACAGCGGCACAUACACGUGCGAGGCCAGACUAGGAAGCUGGUCGUGGUCUGCGUCAGGAAACCUCACUGUAGUUGCCGCAUCUCUGGACAUCAUACAAGGUCCAAAGACACAAACUGUACAAGAAGGACGGAGAGUGACAUUCAGUUGCGUCGUCAGCGGCAACCCAACGCCGUCCACCACAUGGCAGUUUGUGAAUGGGACCACCACCAGCAACAUCAUCAACGGCGUAACGACGACUCCCACAGGCAGUCAGAUGGUCAUUGAUGCCGUCUCUAGGGGGGAUGCAGGCAUUUACAAGUGUCUGUCAAGUAAUAUAUUGGGUACAAAGGAAUCACUGGCUGUGCUGACAGUUGAAGACAUACCAACUAUCGUUCUUGCCCCUCAGGAUCAGCAGGUGCACCUCCAAGACGUGGUCGGACUGAAAUGUGAAGCUACGGGGACGCCUACUGCAACUGUACAUUGGAUCUUCUCCUCGUUGGAACAGCUUAGGAGUCUGAGCGAGUGA